ACGAUGUGGACGAAUAUUUUGCUUUCCGUUCUAAUUAUAAUUUUUGCGGUUUACUUUUGUUGCUGUGUGAGUGCUGCACUUAUUCGGUUUAUACUUGAGCCUACCAUCGCUUUGUGUAAUUGUAACACUAGGCUAGAUGGCAAAACAGCUGGAAUUGGCUUCGAGACGGCAAAAGAUUUAGCAAAUCGAGGGGCCAGGGUAAUAAUUGCAGACAUUAACAACGCUGAAACAUCUGUUACUAAUAUUAUUCAGUCCACUGAUAAUCCAAACGUACAAUACAUACACGUAGAUCAAUGUAGAAUCGUUAAUGUAACUUCAGGUGUUUAUACAAAAGCGAGUGUGGAUUUUGAAGAUUUGUCGGGAAGUCGGACGAGGAAUUUCUUUUUUAGAUACGCGAAUAGUAAACUGUGUGUAUCUUUGUGGACCAAGGCAUUGGCGAGACAUUUUCCAUCGAAUAUAUCAGCGUUUUAUGUGCAUCCAGGAAUGGUGAUAUCAAAUAUACUGUUGGAUCGAAAGUCAGUUGGCGGUCGAUUUAUCAAAGCUACUUUGUUUCGUUAUUACAGAAACUGUUUCGAAGGUGCACAAACAACAAUACACUGCUGUGUUGCACCAUGUUUAGAGAAAUACUCUGGAAGCUACUUCUCCAACUGUGAACUCCAGGAUAAAGCAAACCUACAGAACGAGGAGGAUCUAGUGGAAAAGCUUUGGGUGCAGACAAAUUUGUUUCUGAACAAUUACGAAGAGUUCAAUCAAACUUGAGAAAGUGUUAAAAACAGUUACCUAAAUACGUAAAAUAUCUUUACUGUAAGUUAUUUUUUCAUACUUGCUAAGCUAAUACACAAAAAAUAUUAACCAUGUAUAAUUAAAUCAAUUAUAAUUUAUUCGUCAUGAUCAAGGUCAUGUCUUUUAUAAACGGCCAUAUAAUUACAUUCAAUGUAUUUUGUAGAGAUAGUGAUUACCAUAGUCAAUUAAUAUUUUACAAUACAUAUACAGACUGCAUCAAAACUGACCGUUUUUGAUACUUUAAAUAUAAUAAAAAAUACAAGCAGUAUGCAUUGUAGGAUAGGUACGUUUUUAUUAUCUUAUUUGAAACUAAAUUAUUGUUAGAGUAACUUAUUUUCUUUUGAAUGCACAAUUUUUUGAAGGGAUAUUUUUUUUUCAUUUGUUUAUCAGUCGGAGGCUCCUUUGCACAGGAUGCCGGCUAGAUUAUGGGUACUGCAACGGCGCCUAUUUCUGCCGUGAAGCAGUAACGUGUAAACAUUACCUACUGUGUUUCGUUCUGAAGGGUGCCGGAGCUAGUGAAAUUACUGGUCAAAUGAGACUUAACUUUUUGAAGUGAAACUUUUUUAGGCGCAUGAGGGUAAUUUAUUUACAAAUGAAACGGAAAAGAACGUCACGGGAAUUUGAGACCUUUUUUGUUCAAGGGAGAGAGCGAUUGACACCGAUUGAGGAAGAGUAUUUCUUACUCUCGGGCUUCCCUACUAGCCAUGUAUCGUCCAGGUUUAGCGCGCGGCCGCUAGUAAGUAGAACAUCUUGGAACCUUAGAUUUUCAAAAAUAUUACUUUUUAGGACUAUAGCGCAUUAAUGUUAAGAGUUUUAAAGGAGAAUAACCAAAUUGGUACUUGUACAUUUAUCAAUAUUAAAGAUUAUAGUAGGAUUUAUUACGGAUACAAUGAGAUAAAAUGAGGAGUUGUUGCUAGUGGACAAAGUCUACAAAUAUUAUUUAAAGCUAUGAAAUAGUUUUUAUGAGAAACGAGUUACUAAUCGAUUUUGUCAUUACAAAGAGAAAUACUUACAGAAAUAUGUCAAAUACAACUUAUCCACAUGAACGAUAUUCUAGUAAUUUUUUUGUAUUCAGUUUCCUAAAGUAUCAGCUACCGUAUUCAUAAAGGUAUUCAUUUUAUACUAGCUGACCCAACAGACGUUGUUCUGUACGAAGUAAAUAAUACACAUUUUUUAUUGUCAAAAAUAUUUCAAAUAUUUCAUAACAUCAAGAAUUAUUUCGUAAAAUAUGCUUCCUGUUGUUAUAAUGAAAUUGUUUCACAGCAGAACUGUCAAACCGUGCGUCAAUAAAUUAUCUCAUAGAAAAUAUGUCCAUACAAAACAAAUAUUGGAAUUAAAAAUAAUUAUGGGUCUCAAAUCAAAAUAAAAACUAUCCUAUCUCUCAAGUUGGUCUAAACUGCACUCGAUGAAGAUGAUGCACCCCAUUAAAAUCCAUUCAUUAGUUUACGAGUCCAUCGCGGACAAACAACGUGUCACGUAAUUUAUAAUAUUAAGAUUGUUUUUCCGUUUUCGAUUCGAUGUGGCUGAUAGUAAAAUCUCAAAUCGAUAUCAUCUGUCGGCUGUCAAUGUAACUUCUGUCAUAGUUUUUGACUUUGACAUAAAAGAUUUUAUUAACUUGUGAUUUGCGAACGCUUCUUAGAUGCAUUGGUGUUACAGUUUUUUAUAAAUUUUAUGAGUAAAAGUAGAAUGUGAGGAUAUUAACUAAUAAAAUUAUUAAAAUUAAUAUUGUUUCCUUCUCAUUCUUUUUAAGAUUUCUCUUGAUAAGGGAUUCUGACGAACUGAGAACCUCUUCCUUUUGUUGAAGCUAGUUAAAAAAGGUCUUUAUGAAACUACUUAGGAAAACCUUUAUCAACGGAUGAAAUUUUUCUUUCAGUUACGUAACAGUCAUGUGUAAGCAAUAUAAUAAUUUCCAUAGCAUCUGUAACUAUUGAGACCCAUUAGUCUCAAGAAUUAACAUGUUUGGCACUUCCUUUUAUUGUAUGUAUUAAAAUGUGUGUUGCUAACACAAAUUUUAAUACAUACUAAAAAAUAGCAAAAUAGCAAUGGAAUAUUGCAAUUGUGAGCGUACAAGGGUUUAGUAUAAUUGUAAAAAGUAAACGACUUCUAAAAGUUUUAUGAUAAAUCCAUACGUACAUGGCCGUUGGGCCAGUAAAGUCCUCGAAUGGCGACCAUGUACCGGAAGACGCAGUGUUGGUAGGCCCCCCACAAGAUGGACUGACGAGCUGGUCAAGAUCGCCGGAAUACGUUGGAUGAGGGCAGCGCAGCACCGAUCGUCGUGGAUAUCUUUGCGAGAGGCCUUUGUCCAGCAGUGGACGUCUUCCGGCUGAUGAUGAUGAUGAUACAAACAUUUAGUGUCUUAGUCAGUAGUAUGCAAAGAAGUGUCAAUAUCAAGAUUUACAUGUAAUUAACUGUUCAAAAUAAGUCGUAUGUAUGUCCAUAACAGAUUAUACUCUAGUCAACGGAACAUUACAGAAUGGAUAAUUAUAAUCUGCAUUACACUUCCUUUUCGAAAUUAGAUAAAUAUUAUCUUGCCUUACUUCGAAUUAAAAUAAACUGCGUACUGAUUAUUAUUAAUUAUUAUUUGUUUAAAAUUGGUGACUGUUUAUGUUUUGUUUGAAUUUUAAAUGUCACAUGUUUUUAGUUAAAAAUAUACGAGAGCAUUUGUAUCAUAUCACAGUGUUUUUCACGUUCCAAAAAUACACACUUGUAUUUAUUAAAAAAUACACAGUUUUAAAUAUCUCAUUCAAUUCGCUACAGCUGUACGCAAUACACAUUUUAUUUUUAACCAUGUGCUUUGGGGGCCCGGUGACUUGUAGCACAGGUAUUUUGUUACCUAUUUCAAGCGCUGGUCUCUCACAAUUAUAACAAUGUAUCUAUAUAGAUUUUAAUAAACUGGGUAUUGUAAGUUUUUAUUGUGAGAGAAAAUAAAUAUAUUUUGAUUAGA